AUGGAUUUGAUGCUAAGAAGAAGAGAGUUCUUCGAAGCACAUUAUAAUUGUACAUUUUACAAUACAAGCGCAGUACCAGAUGAACUAAAGAGGCAGCCUAGAUACGGUGGAUUCUUGUUUGGCAUCAGUGUUGUUUACAUUGUAAGUUGUUGUUCUUGGUAGUAUGGGGUAAGAUAGGGUAGUGUAGGGAAAGGUACAGAGUGGUAAAGUAGGGCAACGUAAGGUAUUAUAUAAUAGAAUAAGAUAUUGUAGUCGAAGGUCGGAUACGAUUCCACCUACGAUACCUUAUUUCAUAGUGCCUUACUCUAUCGUACCUUACUCUUCUCUUCUCUAUUCUUCUAUUUGCUCUACCUGGGUAUCAAAUAUAGUACUGAUGCUGUCUAAGAACAUAAUAUGAAUAUAAUAUUUCUGUUUAGGUACUGUACAUACCUUGUUUGUAUGCAAUGACCCGCCGUGAGUUGUACAGUAACCCGUGCUACAAAAUUAUGACACAAAUGGCAAUCUGUGAUCUCAUGACGAUACCCAUCACAGGAUUAUUGUCCGGCUACCUCAGUUACUAUGGCAUUAUGUAUUGUGAUGCUAGACUGUUGAACAACGUUGUUGGCACAGUGCUUUUGGGUAUGUUAAUGUAGUAUAACAUAUAGUACCAAAACGUACGAGCGUAUGGUAUCAUGCACUUUUACAGAAAAAAAUAUUUUUGAGUUACAGUACGAUUUUUUACAGUAUCUAUAAUAUAUUGUCUUGUAGGUGUAUGGAUGGCCUAUUCGUGGGCAGCAGUGAUUCUUGCCAUCAAUCGUAUCUCACAUCUGACAUACAAAUCAAGCUGGUUCGAAGGCAAUCGUGUUUACUAUUGGUUAGCUAUGCCAUUGGCUAUUGGCAUAGCAUCAGCAGUGUUUGGGAAUCCAGUAGCAUAUUCGUCUAUUAUGGGGAGUUACACUUUCAAUCCGUUCAUUGAAAGUGUCGUGGAUGUGGAUAAUAUUGUAAGUAACAUGAAUUUGUUUAGAGGUCUUAUUUUCAGGGGCGUCGCUACGCAAUUGAAUGUGACCUAGGUCUUACCGUUACCCAACUCUUACUGUAUAUAUUUUAGUACGCUAUGCCCAGUCACACUGCUGACAAUCUGACCUUCAGCAUUGUGUUGCCUAGUAUCUACAUAUUCUUCUUUGUAAAACAUCGCUCCUUGUUGAAGAUUCAAAGUCAUUCAUCAGCGCAGAAGAAAGAUUACAGUGUAAGUUUUUAGACACGAUUUUUUUUUGAUGUUUUUAUUUAAAAAAAAUGCGUUUUUUAUUUGUAAGAUACGUUGAUGGACAAAUAGAGGUUGUUUUAGUUGUUCAUGCAAUGCUUUUUGAUUAGCAUUUGUAUUACAAUGGCAGCAACCGGCUAUACUUUUAUUCAAUUUUUGGGUUUGCCACCUUGGGUUGGACAGAUUAGUCAUGUUUUGUGGUUGUUGGUACAAGGUAAUUUUUAAUAACUUACCCUUCCCUACCUUCCUCUACCCUAACCAACUCUAACCUACUUUAAUCUACUGUACCUUACCUUACUAUACCUUACAAUACUUUCUCUACUGUACGCUAUUUUGUCCUACUUCACCCUAUCAUAUUCUUACCCUACCUUACUUCAAACCUUAUAUAAUAUAAACGUUUUACCCUACAGGCUCACCCCCAAUUGUAUACUUGAGCAUGAACCACAGUAUCCAGCGUAUUCUACUGGAAACGGCAGGUAUAGCCGUGUCAGUAUCACGUGUUAGUGAUAUCAGUAACACUGAUGGGGGUACUGUAAUGCCUCAGUGUGAACACAAAGAGCUUCCCAAAAUACCGCCGCAGCAUGAACAUGGUGCUGUUUGA